AUGGCGGCUAAUACGUUGGAGCAUCAAAUUAAUGUACCAAAAACACAUCGUGGGCGUAAAUUCCUCUCCAAACGAGAGCCUAAAAUUUAUGAAAACGAUAAACAGACAUUGAUUAUUAGAGGCGCUCAUACGGGCGAAAUCGUGAAUAGCUUCUUGACAGAUCUUUACUUGCUCAAGAAACCACUUGUUAAUAAGCUGAAGUGGAAGAAUCAAGUCCUACCCUUUGAAGACUCCUCAUUUAUUGAACGCAUGUGUAACAAGUACGAUUGUUCUCUUUUUGUAAUGGGAAUGCAUUCCAAGAAGAGACCAAAUAAUAUUGUCAUCGGUCGGUUACAUGAUCAUGAGAUUCUCGAUAUGCAUGAAUUGGGAAUAGAAAACUACGUAUCAAUGCGUUCACUCGAUGCAAAACUCUCUCUUGGUGCGAAACCUGUUCUGAUAUUCUCCGGUGAAGCUUUUGAUGAAGAUGAAGAAUUGCGGCUCCUAAAAUCUAUGCUCAUUGAUCUCUUCAGAGGUCCAAAAGUGUCUUGCGUAAACUCCUCAGGCCUAGAACACGUUAUCCACUUUAUAAUGCCCUCAUCCGAAAAGCUUAUCAUGCGCGUACAGACAAUCAAAUUGGAAGAGCUCAAAAGGCCAUCCAAAGACGGGGGUAACUAUAUGGAGAAUUCACAGCAAGUAGCAACCACAGAAGCUCUGAAAACUCCCUGGGGAUCUUAUGUCCAGUUGGAACUGUGUAAUUCUGCUCCUGAAGUUGACUUUGUUCUUCGACGUCGUCAAGUGCCGUCAGAGGACAAAUGGAAGCGCUCGUUACGAGUGCCAUCCCAAUUGCGUCCAAAAAGGGAUAAGCCCACCAAGAACCGCAGUGUUGACGUUUUCGGCAGUAAGGUGGCCCAAAUUCAUCUGCAGAGGGAGCAUAAUUUGGACAAACUGCGUCCAGGUUCGUCCAUGCGAACUGCACUGACAGGUCGUGUGAAACGCGGGUUUGAGCGGCAACUGGAGACCAAUAAGACAAAAGGCGGGAAGCGGAAAGCGGUGGAUGGAAAUAUUACUAGUGACACGAAUGCGAAACGACAAAAAGUGAAAUGA